GGAGGAGGCAGAGCAGUCAGUGUGACACACAGAGGACAGUUUCUACUAACCUCUAACUACCAAACAACCUGAUCCUAAACUCCCCCUGUUUGCUCCUGUGUUUCCCGACUCCCUCCCCUCUUUUCUCUGUGUGUUUAUUUGUUGUUGUUGUUUUCCUUUUUAAAGAUGGCUUGUCAGGGGCUCCAGAAAGGGGAAACCCUGGCGUCACUGUCGAGAGAGAGCGACAAUCUGAAGAAGAAACUGGAGGAGGAGCGGGGCAAGCUCAACGACGUGGAGCUGCACCAGGUGGCUGAGAAGAUCGAGUUGUUGGGUGCUAUCUCCAUAAAGACCAGACGCGUGCUGAAGGGUCAUGGGAACAAGGUGCUGAAUAUGGACUGGUGUAAAGACAAACGUCGUCUGGUCAGCUCCUCACAGGAUGGAAAAGUGAUUGUGUGGGAUGGAUAUACUCUUAAUAAGGAGCAUGGGGUGACCCUGCCGUGUACAUGGGUCAUGGCAUGUGCUUAUGCUCCCUCAGGUUGUGCUGUAGCAUGUGGCGGACUGGAUAACAAGUGUUCAGUGUUUCCACUGUCAAUGGACCCAAACGAGAACCUGGCUGCAAAGAAGAAGUCUGUCGCCAUGCACACCAACUAUGUAUCAGGAUGCACCUUCACCAACUCUGACAUGCAGCUCCUGACCUCCAGUGGUGACGGCACAUGUGCAUUGUGGGAUGUGGAGAGUGGGCAGCUGCUGCAGAGUUUCCAUGGUCACACAGCUGAUGUCUUGUCCUUGGACCUCGCCCCAUCUGAGACUGGCAACACUUUUGUCUCUGGGGGCUGUGAUAAGAAGGCCAACGUGUGGGACAUGCGCUCUGGCCAGAACAUCCAAUCUUUUGAGAGCCACGACUCCGACAUCAACUGUGUAAAGUACUACCCCAGUGGAGAUGCAUUUGCCUCUGCCUCUGACGAUGCCACAUGCCGCUUCUAUGAUCUGCGAGCUGACCGUGAAGUAGCCGUCUACCAAAAGGACAGCAUCAUAUUUGGUGCUUCCAGUGUGGACUUCUCUCUGAGCGGUCGCCUACUUUUUGCUGGUUAUAAUGACUACACUAUAAACGCGUGGGACGUUUUGAAGGGAACUCGUGUUUCCAUCCUGUUUGGCCACGAGAACCGCAUCAGCAGAGUGAGAGUGUCGCCUGAUGGCACAGCACUCUGCUCGGCCUCCUGGGACAAUACCUUACGGAUUUGGGCCUAGAGUUUUGGAUCACUGUUGUGAUCCAGUGAAGAUGUCACCAGCAUUAUACCAAGACUGCAAGUCAACACUACUGCAGGAGUGUUCAGCCUGAUAAACAGAGAGAAGCACAAAACCUAAAAUCUCUCCUCUGAACAAGAAUAUAUCAUUGUAUCAUAACUGUAGGAUCCUCAUCGUUGUUACGUUGUUAGCUUGAUGAUGGAUAUUGUAUUAUUAUUUUAGAGUAAUAGUUAUUGUUAUAUGGUGGAAAAUCAUUGUAUAAAGAAUCAAAACAACCUGUAGAAAUUAGCAGCAUGUGUCUGCUUUGCCAUGUAGACUGACAGUCAAUAUUACUGAUUGUUUUGUAAAUGAUGUACAUCGGUUCACUGUCACCUGUCCAGUCAUACUAUAGACGUACAUGCUGCUGUUAUAACUGUUCUGCCACUCUGCCAUAGGUUACAGUAUGUCGUGAUUAUCCAAAAGAAGACUGUAAAUGUAACCACUGAUUUAUCUUAUUUCAAAAUACAUAAACCACAGCUUAGGUAAACUCCUUGUGAGAAAAGUAAAGAAGAUUUGAAGUAUA